AUGCGCUCUUCCAUCAUCGGAGCCUUGGUCACCCUCGCUUCACUGGGCGCUGUACAAGCUGGCCUUUGUCCCGGCCACACCGAGGCCGCCAAGACGGAUCCGUAUGCUACCUGGAGAUGGGCUACAGGAACUUGGUCGAAAGCGAAAGGGAAGGAGAGACUGAAUGUAGCCAACCACAUCGAUUGUGUCAGCUUGUGUCGGGAGGAGGUCGGCAGAACCUGUUUCUUAAAGCAUAAAGACUGGAAGCUCGAACAUGUGGUCGGUUUCAGAAUGCCAGGCUCGAACUCUUUCAGCGGUACUUCGAUGAAGGGCGGUUGCGAUACCGAUGCAGCGAAAGCUCUUACCGGUACUAAGGAACAGGUCAUAACGGUUCGCCGAUUCCUCUACAAUUUUCCCACAUGCAUAGCUAUCUACAGUACAAGACAGCUACGUACAGCGAUGAGUCCUAACGGCCGCACGACGUGGAAAGUAUCACUCGGAUUGGACAGUAGAGUUUGCUGUGACCGAAGAGGCGGUAUCUUCUCCACUGCUUGCAUCGGUAGAGGGAUCGGGUCUGACCGUGUCGGGGUAAAUACGUUCAACGGCCACGAAGGGAUCUGGGAUCAAGUCGCGGUUGUCGCUUCCGUCGCAUGGAGACACCAUGAAUUUGAUCGUUGUAAGGUGUUUGUGUUUGAGAAGACAUUGGGCUUGGCGAAGAUCUCUUGGAACUGCUGA